AUGUUUCAUGGCUGCGGCGGGGAACGGGAGCUGGAACGGGGCGGCAGGACCCGUGGUGUCCGGGUGCUGAUGUGUUUGGGCGCAGUGACAGGUAAUAUUCUUGUCAUGGCGAUUGUGGCUGCGACCAAGACUUUCCACUCUGUGGCGUCGGUGCUGAUCAUGAACCUGGCCAUCAGCGACCUCCUGGUGGGCGUCGGAGUCAUGCCGUUUGUCGCUCUGUCCAUCAUGAACCAUGGAUGGGUUGAUUUCUCUCACCUCUGUUUGUACGUGGGUUACACCUCCUCUGUGUAUUGCACAGCCUCCGUCCUGACACUAGCUGCCAUUGCUCUGGACCGCUACCACUCCAUCAUCGACUGCCUGCGCUACAGCUCCCGCUGCACCCUGUGGAGGACCGGUGCUGUGGUGCUGUGGAUCUGGCUGCAGGCUCUGGUCACCAGUUGCCCUCCCCUGCUGGGCUGGAGCUCUGUCAGUUACGUGGUCCCCAUGUACAGCUGUGCCGUCAACUGGGCCAGCAGUCCCAGCUACACGGCCUCUAUGGCCGCCCUCUCCUUCCUCGUACCUGCGAUGGUCAUCUUCUGCUACGUGAACAUUGUCAAGGUGGCACGCAGCCACGCCAGGAGGAUUCAUACCUUAGAGGACGCUGUCCAGCGAGGUAGGAAUCAGACCUCUGCCUUCGCUUCACCUCAGCUGCAUCAGUGUGGGAAGCUCCACAACCCCUGUUCACUGAUCUACCAUGUGAGUGGCCAGUUUGUGCCUGAUGUCACUAGAGAAGACGGAAGCAGUAUCAGACCUACUCUCCCUAAUUCUACUGCAGAGCAGAGUAACCCUCUUUGCAGACGUCUGGUCUCCAUCUUGGCUCCCAGCUCCUCCCAGCCUCCCCCUGAGAACUCCCAGCAGCACCAUAACCAACACGGAGUGGUGCGUCUCUUCCUGGUCAUCUCAGCAUUCUUCUUCUGCUGGACACCUUACGUGGGUGUGGCCCUCGUUCAGGCCACGGAAACUGCAAUUUCUGGCCAAUCCAGUCUUGUCCCGCCCUCUGCUGUGACCUUUUCAUACUGGCUGGUGUUGCUGAACUCUGACAUCAAUCCUAUUCUGUAUGCUCUGCUUAGCAAACGUUUCCAGGGGGCCCUUCAGGGACUUAGGCAAAAAAUAAGAGCACGUCUGGGAAGUGUGUUGGGCAGGGCAGGGGAGGUCAGAGCCGAGGGAGACGACUACAGGAGUAGCGACCCGUGCAGUCUGAACUCCAUCCCCAUCAGCCCACCGUCCAGCGCGGAGAGUUCAACCUGUGAUGUCUCCAGGUGUUCCCCCUCCAUCCUUCCUGUCUGCAUGGACCUCGAACAUCUUACUGACGAGUUUCUAUGCAAAGUGUGUCGGACUGAAAACACAUCCUCAUCUCCAGAGUGUGGUGGCGACAGGCGGGCGGACAGGCUGCAGGUUCCCCCUCGGCCACAGAAGGGCAAAAGACUACCAUUCUCUGCUCUGACCAGGGAGCGUCAGGCCACGUUCCUCUACGGCCAAAUAACAGUGAGAGUGGAGCAUGACGUGUGUCAAUGAGGCGUUAGUGAUGCAGGAACAGUGUCUACCACAUCAGACUGUGACUGCAUCUUCAUUAUGUAGCAAUGUAUUUUAUUCUUUUUAAUUAACUGAAAAAACUUUCGGCCCAUAAAUAAAAAAAUUAAUAAUUUUAAAUGCCCAGAAAAAUACUUUGAAACCCAAGUUGGCAUAAUCAUGAUAGUCAUAACAGUCAGUUAUAUUUUUUGUUUUUUUGUUUAAGAAAACUGCUGAAAUAAGCAACUUAUUUAAAUUGGAAAACAAAACACCGGAAAAAUAAAACUUGUUAGAUGAGGUUUUGUCCUUAUUUUCUAUAAAAUUUUAAACUGUAAUGACAUGAAAAGAACACCUCGACUGUGAUUUUCUCUUAAGAGGAGCUAAAUGUUUCCGAAAUGACACUCUGCGCUGUGUGUGGGGAGGUUGGAGAGUGAGUACUGUACUGUACAUGCAGGUCCUUGACCUUCAUCGUCUGGUUUAAGAGCUCACCAGCACGUAGAUCAUCCCAUAGAGAUAGUAGAAGAAUGACAGGAGAUCGAAAGCCAGUUUGCAGCAUCCCUCUUUUUGACAGUAAGCCAGGAUGUCAGCGUUCAUGAUGGUUGUUGGGUC